CGCCCCGCCCCGCCCAGGGGCGGCCCUUGGGGGGCACCGGCUGCGGAGCGGGACCGGCACCGGCACCGGGACGGAGCAAUUGGGCUGGAGAACAAUAGCGGCGCUGGAAAACAAUGGAGCUGCCGCACCUUGGCGCGUAGGGAUGCGGGAAGGACGCGGGGAAGGGAUCCCAGCCCCGGAGUAGCGCCUGAGCCGGAGCCCCCAACGCCAGCACAGGGAGGAUCAGCGGGACGGGCUCAGCUCCAUGACAGAAGUGGGGGGGGAUGGAUUACGGAGGUGGAGAGGACCUGGUUCCCUGCGGGAAAGAUAAAUUCAUCUCCAAAAAUGAGCUGCUCCUGCACCUGAAGACCUACAACAUCUACUACGAAGGGCAGAACCUGCAGCUGCGGCACCGGGAGGAGGAAGGGGAGCUCAUCGUGGAGGGGCUGCUGAACAUCUCCUGGGGGCUGCGGCGCCCGAUCCGCCUCCAGAUGCAGGACGACAACCAGCGCAUCCGCCCGCCCCCCUCCUCCUCCUCCUGGCACUCCGGCUGCAACCUGGGAGCCCACGGGUCUGUGCUGAAGCCCAGCACCCUGCCCGACAUCCAGGUGACGGAUGCAGAGGCCACACCCAGCACGGAGGCUCCCGGGAAUGGCACAGCCCCCAGGCCCCAGGCGGAGGAGGCCCCGCAGCUGAUGCGGACGCGGAGCGAUGUCGGGGUGCGGCCCCGCGGCAGCGCCCGGACCGCCGGGGAGCAGCGGCGGAUCCGCCGGCACCGCUUCUCCAUCAAUGGCCACUUCUACAACCACAAGACGUCCGUGUUCACUCCGGCCUACGGCUCCGUCACCAACGUGCGCAUCAACAGCACCAUGACCACCCCCCAGGUCCUCAAACUGCUGCUCAAUAAAUUCAAGAUUGAAAACUCGGCGGAGGAGUUUGCUCUGUACAUCGUCCACACCAGCGGAGAGAAGCAGAAGCUGCGGGGCAGCGACUACCCCCUGAUCGCCCGUGUGCUGCAGGGCCCCUGCGAGCAGGUCUCCAAGGUUUUCCUCAUGGAGAAGGACCAGGUGGAGGAGGUCACCUAUGACGUGAUACAUCAAGUUGAGAUGCCCAUCCUCAGGAGCUUCAUCCAGAAGCUGGAGGAGGAGGAGGAUCGUGAAGUGAAGAAGCUGAUGCAGAAGUACACCAUCCUCCGGGUGAUGAUCAAGCAGAGGCUGGAGGAGAUCUCGGAAGGUCCGACUGCGAUGUGAGACCCUUCACCAGAGCCAUGUGCCUGCAGGAUGUACUGUACCAAACCCCAAAGCAUUCCCAGCACAUUCCCAGCGUCCAUCUGGAUUGCUCCAGCUCUGAGCCAGUCCAUCCUCCCGUGCCUUCACCUGCGCAGCGGCUCGGGAGGUUCCUCCUCGGCAUGUGGGGCUCUUCCCAGCAAGGCUCUGGCUGGUGGCAGCUUCAGCCAAAACCUCAGAUCCCUGGGAAACACAGGGAAAAACAGGGAAAAAAAAAAAGAGAGAGAGAGGAAAUCCAUGAGCAGCACAAUGAGGGCUACAGGUGUUCCAGAGCAGGAAUUUGGGGCUGAGUCUGGGGCCACCCACACAGGGGACCCGCUGCUCGGUGGCAGGAGAGCACCAACAGUUAUAAUUCCUCUUUUUUUUUUCUUUUUUUUUUUUUUUUCCCUUAAGAAAAGCACAUUUCUAUUGCAAUAAUUCGCAGGUGAUGGGAAGUUUCCGUAAAUCCAAAGUGUUGACUGAGGUUUUGGGGGGUUUAACCCUGACCUGGUGGAUUUACAGCACAGGAGUAAACAGCAUUUUUCCGUGUGUUCCCCAAACCUGCAUCCGGUGGCGUCACCCCCUCCCUCCCCCUUUCUAAUUUGCACUAAUAUUAGGGAUUUUUAAGGAAAUCAUGACGUCAAACCUCUCUGUAGCUGUAAAUGCCAAAUAGCACUCGCAGGGAUAGUUGGGGGCAUCUCAAGGAUGCUGGAUGGAAAGGGAGGGAGACAGGAGGAGGAGAAGAAGGAGGCAGAAAUAAGAGGAUUUUAUUUUCCAAAUCCAUCUUCCAGCAGUGCCAGCACAUUAUCCUGGUGAAACCAGACUGGCUCUGUUACCACCUGGAAAAACCUCUUCCUCCCAGGCUAAACAGCAAUAUCAAUUUUAUACCUCGAUGUGAACUAAGACUCUGACUUUCUCCCUCCCUUUGAGUUUUUGCAAUGUAUCUUGUAAUUUUUUUUUUUUAAGUGUUAAUGGUACCUUUUCCACCUCUAACACAUGUUCAGGAAAGUGUUGUACAGCGAGAGGAACCUUUUAUGUGUUUGAAGGAUGAUUGUGGCAUUGCUGCGUGGAUUAACAAGAAAAUAAAAUAUGUAGCAACUUAAUACAGAAUAAAA